AUGGCCGGCAAGACGCUCAGACAGUCUGCCGGAUCCAACCCAACGAUCCUCGGAGAUCCCGUCUCUCUCAAGGCGGAAAAGUCCGUCACGGAACCGUCUGAAUGGGAUCGACGGAACAAAUACGGCGGUAAAAGUCUCAAGGACGUCGCCCAGCAAGAUCUUCAAGAAGCGAAAAAGGGCAAUCGAUCAAUGCUCGGCGACCCAGUUAGCCUCAAGGCCGAAAUAACCGACAACGACCCCAUCGAGGAUGACCAGAUGGGCCAUCUCACAGAUCGGAAGGAGAGAGAUUCCAAGUUGUGA